AGAUGCCGACUCAGAAAAUGAUUUAUCGAAAGUGACAUAAAUUUUGAAAAGGGGCUUUUGAAAGUGAAAGACUCACUCAGUGUGUGUUUUGUGUUUUAUCUUCGUUCAGUUUCACAAGUUUUUGUUGAGGACUUACUGAAGAAAGAAAGAGAGGUCAUCUUCAAUUCAUCACCUGCAGAUUAGAAUGAAAUCCAUUUGUAUUCUCUUCAUCAUCGUUAUGCUCGUUUGCUUCGACUAUCCAUCAUACAGCAAAGGGUACCCGAAACCCGACCCCGACGACGACACUCAAACACUCAAGGCUCUAAGAGAAUCAUUUAUCGAAAGAAAAGACGCUAUUUCAAUUUGGUUCGAUUCAGACGACACACAUCCCUGCAAUUGGACCGGAAUCAAAUGCAAUCAAGGCCACCGUCGAUUAACCGUAACCAAAAUCGACAUGUCGUUUUCACUGUCACCUCUGAAUCUACCAUUCCCAACGAUUAUCGGUGAAUUCAAAUCCCUAAAGCAUCUCAACCUCAGCCAUUGUGCCUUUACCGGUCACAUUUUUCCCGAGUUUUGGGAUUUUAUGUUGAAUUUAGAGGUUCUUGAUCUAAGCGACAACAGAUUAUCCGGUCAACUCCCUCCGAUCAUAGGUCAACUCAAACACCUCAAACAACUCAUCCUCGACGACAACAAUUUCUCCGGCACAUUACCUUCUACGAUCGGUCAACUCACCGGGCUGACCGAACUCUCUCUCCAGUCGAAUUCAUUUUCCGGAAAUAUCCCCGAUGAGAUCGGGAACUUAAAUAAGAUCGAGUCACUCGACAUAAGCAGCAACUUCUUCUCCGGAAAAUUGCCUCUGCGCAUAUCAAACCUCACUCGGCUUUUAUUCUUCGACGCUAAACAGAACAGAUUCACCGGAAAUUUACCCCCGGAAAUAGGAAAUUUACGGACGCUUCAAAUUCUCGAUCUUUCGUCGAACUCUCUCAGUGGAGAUUUACCAUCUUCAAUAGGCAAUCUGACUAACUUGAGUUACUUGAAUUUAGCAAGCAACGACUUUGAUGGAGGAUUGCCUUUGAGCAUCGGUAAACUUGCGAAUCUCGUUUAUCUCAUUGCACCGUACUCUGGACUAAAGGGGCGAAUACCAUCUCAGUUGGGUAAUUGCAAGAACCUUAAAAUCUUGGAUCUUUCUUUCAACUCGUUCGACGGAAUAUUACACGACGAACUCGCGGGAUUAGAUUCCGUCACUUCGAUUAUCCUUACGUCAAACAGGUUGUCCGGCGGAUUACCUGUCUGGACUUCAAACUGGAAGCAAAUUCAGUCUCUUUCGAUAUCAAAUAACCUGUUUAGUGGGCCCCUCCCACCGCUCGAUCAAAUGCCUUUGUUAUCCGUUUUCGAUGCAGAUUCGAACAUGCUUUCCGGAGAGUUGUCUGCACAAAUACUAUGCGAAAGAAUGCCAUAUUUGACGAGUCUAGUUCUAUCUAGAAACAACUUUUCCGGAACAAUCUACAACGGUACUUUCAAGAACUGUCUGAAUCUGACGUACCUGAUAUUGUCCGAAAAUAAUAUUUCCGGUCAACUACCUGCCUACAUCGGGGAGAUGAAUCUGGUCAACUUUGAAAUCUCGACGAACAAACUAUCAGGUAAAAUCCCGGAUCGACUUUGGGAGUCGAAAACACUUAUGGGAAUCAUACUGAGUGAUAAUAUGCUCGAGGGUCGACUAUCGCCAUCCGUUGCGAAAAUGUCGACACUUGCGAGGCUCCAAAUCGACAAUAAUCUAUUACAUGGAAGCAUCCCUGCUGGCAUUGGCUACCAAAACCUCACUAACCUAUCUCUGCAUGGCAAUAAACUAAUCGGAGAUAUACCUUCGGAGCUUUUCAACUGCACGAGGCUGGUUUCUUUAGACCUCGGUGGAAACAGACUCACCGGUCGAAUCCCGAAAUCGAUAUCCAAAUUGAAAAUGCUGGACAAUUUGGUUCUAUCGUACAACCGAAUUACCGGUCCGAUACCGGAAGAGAUAUGCUCCGGUUUUCAGAAGGUUUCUUUACCGGACUCGGAGUACGUUCAGCAUUACGGAAUGCUGGAUCUCUCGUACAACGAACUAGAAGGGAAUAUUCCUCCAUCGAUCAAGAACUGCCUUGUUGUGAAAGAAGUUCUUUUUAAUGGAAACAAGCUCAACGGGAGCAUUCCCGAGGAGAUAGCAUCACUUUCUAACUUAACCUUGCUCGAUCUUUCGUUCAAUUCGUUUACGGGUUUGGUGGUUCCUCAGUUUUUUUCAACGAUGAAUAAUAUUCAAGGUCUCGUACUCUCGCACAAUCAACUACAAGGAUUCGCUUCUUAUAAUAAUAGUUGGUCGGCUCUCCAAAGUUUAGCGAAGCUCGACAUUUCGAAUAAUUUCAUAACAGGCGAAUUGCCGCCUUCUUUGUUUAGCCUCAAGAGUUUGACUUAUUUGGAUGCGAGCGUGAAUAAUCUAUCGGAAUCCCUCACUAUCGACCUCGUUAAAGGUGCAGCAAGCUCUCUCUUGGUUUUGAAUAUUAGCAACAACAAAUUCAACGGCACGCUCGAUAAUUCAAUCUCUAAUUUAGCGUCGCUUUCGGUGUUGGACAUCCACAACAACAUGUUCACCGGGAGUGUACCGUCAUCACUUCCGAAUCUUUCCGCGUUGACGUAUCUCGAUUUAUCGGAAAACAAUUUCGAGAAUUCAUUCCCAUGCAACGUAUGUGCAAUACAAGGCUUAGUAUUCACCAAUUUCUCUGCUAACAGUUUCGCCGAUGACGAUUCUCCGAAAUCAUGCAUGAAUGUGAUAAAACCAUGCGGUACUACUCCAGGCCUACUACAUUCUCUCUCUACUACUAGUCCAAUUUUUUCCCGUGCUUCGGCGUUCGGUCUUGCUAUUGGUUGCGUAUCGGUAUUUCUCAUCGUAUUCAUCGGUCUUACGAAAUGGAAAUCUAAACGAAACAAUGCUUGUACCACAAGAAAUGCGCUUCAUGUAAUGACACCCGAGACCAAUACAUCGAGUGAGGGUCUCUUGCAUGGGAAGAAAACACAGGAGCCCCUCAGCAUUAACAUUGCAACUUUCGAGCACUCGUUAUUGCGUAUAAAGGCCGACGAAAUUUCAUCGGCGACCGAGAAUUUCAGCAAGAGUCACAUAAUCGGUGAAGGUGGAUUCGGUACUGUAUACAGAGCAUCAUUACCCAAAGGGCAAACCAUAGCUGUCAAAAGGCUAAACGGAUGCCACUUGCACGGCGAACGAGAGUUCUUGGCGGAAUUAGAAACGAUCGGAAAAGUCAAGCACGAGAAUUUGGUGCAGCUACUCGGCUAUUCUGUGUUUGCAGAUGAGAGGAUCUUGAUAUACGAGUACAUGGAAAACGGGAGCCUGGAUUACUGGCUAAGGAAUGAGGUGGCGGCGCUUGAUUGGCCGACUCGGUUCAAGAUAUGUUUGGGGUCCGCCCGUGGGGUGGCGUUUCUGCACCACGGGUUCGUGCCGCACAUUAUUCACAGAGAUAUAAAAUCGAGCAAUAUAUUGCUGGGACAGAACUUUGAGGCUAGGGUGUCAGAUUUCGGGCUGGCAAGAAUAAUAAGUGCGUGCGAGAGCCAUGUGUCGACGGUGCUUGCAGGUACGUUCGGGUAUAUACCGCCAGAGUAUGGGCAGGCGAUGGUGGCAACGACAAAGGGAGAUGUGUACAGCUUCGGGGUGGUGAUGCUGGAGCUUGUGACUGGACGAGAGCCGAUUGGGCAAGCGGAUGUUGAGGGAGGGAAUCUUGUUGGGUGGGUUAGGUGGAUGCUUGAUGUUAGUGGGAGGGAUCCGGUCGAAGUACUCGACCCGUCUUUUUUGGCGGGUUCGGGUUUUUUGAUGUGGAGGGAUCAGAUGUUGAGUGUUCUUUCGAUUGCGAGGUCGUGCACGAGUGACGAGCCGUGGAUGAGGCCUACUAUGUUUGAGGUUGUUAAACUGUUGAAGAUGGCAAAGAUAAUGAGGAAUGGCAACAACUGAGUGUAUUUAAUUAAUGAAUCAACAUAAAU